AUGGAAUAUUCAAGCGACCACGAAUCAAACAACCUCAAAGAGCCACAGCAAAUGGAUGCUGAAAGAUCAGAUAAAGCGGAAGACGUCACAGAGAAUGGACACAAGAUCAAUUGCAAGGCAACAUGCUUGGGGGAAAAUGUGAUGAACAGGAGAUUGGAAGAAGGCAGAGUCAGCGAUAACUUCGUCUAUUGCCUUGACAACAGUGAUGCAAGAAGACAAGCAAAAAGGAGACGCUUGGAUCAAGGAUCUAUCGUAAACGAGAGAAGGGAUCGCGAGGAAGAAGAGGGCGAUACAGUUACGGGAAUGAAGCGAAGACGACUUUAG